AUGCCGACGUCGGCGACGCCCUACCCCGACCCUCCCGCGUUCUUCACGCUUUACGGCGCGCCCGACGUCGUCCCUCCGGCGCCGCCGACGCCUCCCACGAACGCGGCGUACGCAUCUUUCGGCGCCAAUCAUCACACCGCGCCCUGGCACGACCCCGACCACGGGUACGCCGCGUCCGGUGGGUUCGUCUACCCGAUCUGCGUCGACGAGCGCGGGAAAACGGACGCGCGAGAGGAGAUGUGCGCGCUGACGCGACACGCGACGGCGAGGUUCGUGGAGGCGAUGGAGAGGUGCGUGGACGCGCCGACGCGCGCGGAGGAGGCGACGGGGGCGCUGCACGCGCUGUUCAACAACGCGCAUAAAUUGAUCAACGAAACGAUACGACCGAGUCAAGCGAUGACGGAUUUUGAGUAUCAGAUAGAACGGAUGAUUGAGGAGAAACGAACGAGCGUGGAGGCGCUGGAACGGGCGCUGGAACGGGCGAAAGCGGUCAAGGCGAACGCGGCCGAGGCGAGCGAGGAUUUGGGAGUCGAGGCGCUGAAGAGAGCGCUGGAGGGGUAG